ACUUCGAACGAGUCUUUCGAGGAAAAUGUCCCGUACAUUCGCACUUUUAAUUAACUCAGUGUUAUUGUUUGCUGCUUAUGGACAAUGCCAUGAGGGUCAUGGCCACCACCAUCACGAUCAGAACGUCGGACACCAGCACGACCGUCCUUCGCCAAAGGUAACGUCAGCAUCCGGAGUAUUUCUCGGUUCCUGGAUGCAGACCCGUCGCGGAAGACAUUUCCAAGGCUUCCGCGGUAUCAGAUACGCUGAAGCUCCCGUUGGAGAUCUAAGAUUCCAGGCCCCAAAACCAAUACUCCAAUAUUCAGGAGAAGUGGACGCCAGCAAGGAAGGCCCGGCCUGUCCGCAACCAACUAAUCCGAACUAUUACAACAAUGUAGACGAGGACUGCCUUCGACUAAAUGUCUACACUCACGGAAGCUCAGGAGAACUUCGUCCAGUAGUGAUAUUUAUCCAUGCCGGUGGAUUCUACGCUGCGUCCGGUCGUAGCGACAUCGCCGGUCCGGACUAUUUCCUGGAUAAAGACAUUGUGCUGGUCACAAUCAACUAUCGUUUAUCUUCUCUUGGUUUCUUGAGUACGGGUGACGAGCUCGCUCCCGGGAACAAUGGAUACAAAGACCAAGUAAUGGCCAUGCGCUGGGUACAGAGGAACAUCGCGUCAUUCGGCGGCGACCCUAACCUGGUCACGAUAGCUGGUUACAGCGCCGGUUCAUUCAGCGUCAUGCUUCAUACUGUCUCUCCUAUGUCUAAAGGUCUCUUCCAUCGUGCGAUAUCAAUGAGCGGCUCCCCGAUUUCUCAAGUGGUGAUCCCACAUGAUCAACGCCAAUUAGCCGUGAGGCAGGCCGAGUUACUCGACUGCCCUACCAACAGCUCGCGAGCUAUUAUUGAUUGCCUCAAGACUAAGCCUUGGAGGGAUAUCGGGAAUUCUCUGCGUGGAUUCUUCGAAUUCGCUUACGACCCGGUCCUGAUCUGGGUUCCACUUGUAGAGAAGGAUUACGGACAAGAAAGGUUCCUCGUCAAGCAGCCUUUGGACUCGAUACGUCAAAGAGAAAUACAUUCUGUUCCGUACAUCAUUAGUCAAACACAGGACGAGUUCUUUUGGAAAGCUUUGAAUAUCCUCGCUAACCAGACUCUGACAGACACAAUGAAUAACGAAUGGGAACGGAUAGCUCCAAUUUCCUUCUACCUUCCUGCGAGUACAUCACGCCAAGCUUCCAAUAAACUGAAGCAAGCCUACCUUGGUGGGAAGAAAUUGGUCAAUGAUACUGCCAGUGCUGAUGGCCUAGGGAAGUUAUAUAAUGACGCUAUUAUUGGGUUUGGGGUGCACAGAUUGGUGAACCUCAUGAGUCAAUAUUCAUCCAAACCGGUCUAUUACUACGAGUUUGCUUACAUCGGAAACCACAGCCACUACGAAGAUCCCGUCACCAAGAAACCUACUGGUGCAGCCCACCACGACGAGCUGAUCUAUUUGUUCAGUGUCAACGCUACCUUCCCGUUCAUAGAAGCCUCUGACAGCCUCGACUCGAAGAUGGUUGACAAAAUGACUAGCAUCUGGUACAACUUCCUUAAAAACGGAGAUCCGAAUCCCCGGGAUAACAAUCCUGAGUUAUCAGGUCUGUCUUGGCCGGCUAUGAAGCCCAACGACAGGAAAUACCUUCGCAUCGACAAGACUUUCUCGGUCCAUGAAAACCUCUUCGAAGAUAGGUUCAAGAUCUGGGAAGAGCUGUACCCGAUAACCAAUUGAUUUCAAAUAGUGACGGAUUUCCAUAAAUUUACAGGAAUGAAUUGGAAACUACUCAAAUGGAGAACUUAAAAUAUAAAGUAUAAUAAUAAUAAAGUAUUACAUUUUUUUACUAA